CGGACGGUCGGACGGUCGGAGGUUCAGUCGGGCGGCGGACGGCGUGUGAGAAGGUGUGCCGGGUGCAGAGUGGAGGUCUGUGUCGACGAGGAUCGGUGAGGGAGGAAACUGAGCUGGUGGAGGAUAGAAGGAGGUAUGGUGAUACAGGCCGAGGAUGCGUCACCAUGCCUGUCCCCGUCUGUGAGUGCCCGCGCGUGCUGGGCAUGAAAUGUUGCUCAGACGAGGUCACCUCGGCCAGUGUCGUUCUGCGCACGCGCAGCAGGCGGCGCUGAUCGUGACGUCACUGAUUCUGCAGCUAUGGAGUGUCACGGUGGCAGCGGAUUUCGGAGUGCCGGCGAACCUGACGAUCCGCGACUCCACACCGUAUGCCGUGUGUUUGACCUGGUCUCUGACUGCCGCCGGCGGCGGGGGGAGGAAGGGCGAGGGUCAGGCCGCCGGCCCGGUGCAGCUGCAGCUCAUCUACAGGCCGGUCAACGCCAGUUACCGCGUGGUGGCCGACCUGCACGGCCACCGUCGCUCGGCCACGCUGGACAACCUGCGGCCAGAGACCCAGUACCGACUGGUGAUGACGUCAUCCGUGAACGGCUCCCUGGUCGGCACCAGUCCCGUGAUCUUCUUCCACACUCCGCCCACGUUGCCGCUCGGCUUCGUCCCGUCUUCCUACAGCGAUCGAGAAGAGAUGCUCAGCGCAGAAGAGAUCGGCAUCAUCGUCAUCGUGCUCGGUGUCUGGAUGAUGGCCAUAGUCCUAUUCUUCAACAGGUGGGGCAAGAUCCGUAUGCUGGAGCCGUACGAGUACAAUUUCAAGUACCACCAUCCGAUCCCUGAGGUGGCCAACCACCGCCCCAGCUGUCCGCUGGCCGACGGAGCGCCGUUGCUGCAGACCUCGUUUGACCGGCACUGCUCGCUGGACCGGCGGCUGGCUCCAUACGGCCGCCGCUGCUCCUCCCUGUCCGCCUACCUGAGCACCGAGCCCAGGAUGAUCCGCAACAACAGCGACCCGGCGCCUCCACACCCUCCGGGUCAGCCCCGGCCGGGCGGUUACCGCAGCAGCAUGCAGGAGCUCCGCCGGGAGACCGCUCACUACGGACCCGACCUGGGGCCGGCGGUCGGCCGACCGGCCCGGCCCGCGCAGGACUCACCGGUGGCCGUGGCGGUGGUGCAGGGGGCGGCAGAGACCAGCGGAGUGUCCCGGGUGAGCCCGGCGCCGCCACCGGCGGGCGUUGGACGGGGGAGUCCCACCGUCGCGAGGAGAGAGACAGGGAGAGAGGUGGGACUGACCAGGGGUCGUAGUGUGGUGGCGGAGGAGGGCAGACUCGCCGGGGAGGCCGGCGGCAGGCGCGCGGAGCCCAGUAGAGCACUGGAGCGGCCCCGGGAGCUACUGCUGAAUCUUGAGAGGGAUGGUCACCCGGCCGAGACCGGCACCGCGCCAGGAAAGGCGUCGGAGCCGGACAGACGACAGAAGCUCACCAAACCGUUCCGCCUGACCUGUCGGGAGACGGAGACCGAACCAGCUCGGGAUUCAGAGGUAUGACGUCAGACCCACGACCGACGUCACCAGACUGUGUGGCGUCAUUCGGCCGUGUCACGUUACACGUUAUGACCUGCCACUAAUUAACACGACGUGCCACCGGUGAGAUUCCGAACCCGGUAGCAAUCCAGAAGCCUCAGCGUCCUGGUGGAACGUCAUCAAUUCGGGGCGCACUCCGCGGCCCGCCCGGGUCUGAUCACGACGGCGCCACAAGAUGCGGGCUCGGGGCGUCUCUCAGAAGGCUUCCCGGCCGCCGGCGCCGACAGCGUCCGCUGUCGAUAGUCCGGUGAUUACCUGCUGCAACCGUACCGCGGCCCCUUCUCGGGAGCGGAAGGGGAGGGGGAGGGGUAGCUGCGGACAGGUGGCUCGGCGACGGACUCUGUUGAGCUGGGUUGAAACUGAGCUGAGCUAGCUGAGUAGUGAGUUGAGAUGGACUGAAAUGAUGUGGAAAAGGGUUAAGUGAGGCCGUAACCGAGCUUCGAGAAGCUGAGUUGGUGCUGGACUCAGUUGAGUUGUGCUGAACUGCAGAUGGAAGUCUCUGCAAAACUUUGAGCAGCACAAGGACCGGGCUUCACUGCCGUGGUAAUUGUGGAGAGGGUCGACCUUUUGACGCGCCAGUUAUUUGGCAAGUGCUGACAUGCGUGCAGGUGCUGCGGGAAAUGUGACGAACUUCUUCGCCAUUGGAGAUGUUCAAAGACGAUUAUCAGUGUCCAUUUUGAACGCUACAAUGCGACUUGUUUAGAAGGACGCACGUACUGUCAGUGUCGACAAUGGAUUGAUCUCAAUUUGUGAUCAGCGAGAGUCUAUGUGCGGAGCAUAAGUGAACGAGUGAUUCCGGUGAGAUGUUUUGUAAGUGCGGUGCCCGUAUCGAUCAGUGAAUUUGACCACCUCCCUCAUGCCACCUCCCACGGUACGAUUAUCACUCCUAUGUGCCGCAGUGCAGUGACGUCCUGCGGCACAGUCUGCCUCUGCAGUGACUCUGAGCGCUAGUCCCGACUCAAAACCCACCGUGACCUCCCCCGGUCCGCCGCGGACACAUUUUCCGACCACACCACCGGCCCUGACCACGAUCGUGGUCGCCGCCGCGGCCAGAUGGCCCGCCGCGUCCGUCCUGAUUAGGGCUGCGCACAUUGGCCCCAAACAGAUACCAGACGGUCGGCGGGUCGGACGGCGGAGGGCCGGUCGUAUUUCGGCGGCAAUAGGUCACAGUAACGACAGUAAACGCCCGUGUGAAGGUCAAACGGCUCCCGUUACCACCCCUGGGCCCCGGUCUAUCGUCUGACUCAGGUCGGCAGGAUCAGCGAUCGAGGUAAAUCGAUCCUAAAUCCGCCGUCAGUGAGCUGUAUCGGUCCAACGCACUACAGUCCGCCGCUAAUUCACCGUUACAAAGCCAUCUUCUUUCCAAAGUCCCACCGUUUCAAAUCCAUCGUCCGUAAUCCACUGCAAGGUCCGCCACUACAAUUCCAUUGCCGGUCAAACGUCGCCGUGUCGGGCAAUCCAUCGCCCGGCGCCAUUUAGGGCUAUUAAAUUUACACAGCACGUGUUGACACAACCGUGCGAGACGACCUGACGCGAACUGUAAUAUCGUGCACGCGUGUGACGUGAUCUUUACAGUUCGGACACGAAACGUUACCGGCUAUUUAUGGUUUGUGUUUCCGUCAUAAUUCUCGUUUUAAUGAAGUGUUUUACUGAGAAGGAUGUUUGCGUUAGCUAUCCAUUGUGUACAGUGCACACAAUCAUAAGGGAAGUGUCCUUCCAUUAAGCCAUCAACUGCGGCAUUAACCAUGUUUUGCGGUAUUGAUUAAAAGCUUCCGAAAUUUCGGUAGCAUAUCAGAAAAGGUGAAGACAUCUGCAGAAUUUAUGUAAAAUGACAUGAUCUCAAAUGGUUGCUCCUGCAUCUGAGAACAAUGCAUGAAUGCUGACCCUAUCAUAUCGACCUUGUGCCGAUAAACGCGAAUGUGUAGACAAGUGCUAGCAUUUAUUCACUCGAUGUAUAUACCAUAUCACAUAUCUCGGCAGCUGGCACUCUUGUCUCGAAUUUAAGCCCCUCUGUUCUAGCGUAGACCGCCUAGAACAGCAGAUCAUGCGCCCACACCCUCGUGUAACUCCCAUAUUGUGUGAUCUACGCGGGCACUGUGGCUGUGCUGAGCGACUUGUCCGAGCCUGGCGCGGCGCUGUGCGGCGUGCGAUGGCGCGGUCCGACGUGAAGUGGCGCGGUGCGACGUGUAACGGUGCGUGUCGUCUGCCGGUCACCUGGCUAUCGUGGUGUGACACCACCGUCUGGGAAUGAGUUAUCGAUUGUUGGACGGAGAGUCACUGUUUGCAGACGGUCAUAGCGGCCGUCAUUGCCGACAAUUGAGACGGGAGAGACGAGAGACAGAAAGACCAGAUACGAGAGACGGAGGAGACGGAGACACAAAUCUGAGAGAAUGAGACAAACGAUGGGAGACGAAGAGACGGAGAGACGGAGGAAUGGGAGACUGUUGGGCUGAGACAGAAGAUGAGAGGCAAAGAGACUUAGAGACGUAUACAGACGCGACCGGAGACGGGUGUCUGGUGAGAGAAGUAAAGACGAGAGACGGAGAGACGGAGAGACAAGGAAACGAGAGAGGUAUAGAUGACAGACGAAAAAUGAGCGUCGGUAGACGAGGUGUGAGUGAGACGGUAUUGUGAAUAACUGUUGUCUACUUUCGUAUCCACCGAAACGCGUCAAAUAAUCAAACCGUAUUGCGCAUGUUUUUCAAACGCGCGAAAUACAGAUUGCUUAAACAA